CUCAUCUAACCCAAACCACCCAUCUCUUGGCUCAUAAACAACAACCAAUAAACGUUUUAUUUCGCUCAGCACUCAACCGCAAUGGCCGCCUCAACAAUGGCUCUCUCCUCCCCUGCCUUCGCCGGAAAGGCCGUCAAGCUUUCCCCAGCAGCAUCAGAAGUCCUUGGAAGCGGCCGUGUGACAAUGAGGAAGACCGUAGCCAAGCCAAAGGGCCCAUCAGGCAGCCCAUGGUACGGAUCCGAGAGAGUCAAGUACUUGGGCCCAUUCUCCGGCGAGCCACCGAGCUACCUUACCGGAGAGUUCCCAGGAGACUACGGAUGGGACACCGCAGGUCUCUCAGCCGAUCCCGAGACGUUCGCGAGGAACCGUGAGCUAGAAGUUAUCCACUGCAGGUGGGCCAUGCUCGGAGCCCUAGGCUGCGUCUUCCCGGAGCUGUUGGCCAGGAACGGAGUCAAGUUCGGAGAGGCGGUUUGGUUCAAGGCCGGUUCGCAGAUCUUCAGCGAAGGAGGACUUGAUUACUUGGGAAACCCUAGCUUGGUUCACGCUCAGAGCAUCUUGGCUAUUUGGGCUACUCAAGUGAUCUUGAUGGGAGCCGUUGAAGGUUACAGAGUCGCAGGAGAUGGGCCGUUGGGAGAGGCCGAGGACUUGCUUUACCCAGGUGGCAGCUUUGACCCGUUGGGUUUGGCUACUGACCCAGAGGCCUUCGCGGAGUUGAAGGUGAAGGAGAUCAAGAACGGAAGAUUGGCUAUGUUCUCUAUGUUUGGAUUCUUUGUUCAAGCUAUUGUCACUGGUAAGGGACCUUUGGAGAAUCUUGCUGACCAUUUGGCUGAUCCAGUUAACAACAAUGCAUGGGCCUUUGCUACCAACUUCGUUCCCGGAAAGUGAGCGAUGUUUUUAUCUGUAAUUUGCUUCAGUAUUUGCUUCUUGUGAGUGUAAGAGGAGAAAGAGAUGUUGUUUAGAUGUAAAAUUUGCAAGUAUUUGUAUGAUUUACCAUUAAUCCAAUAACUCUUUGUCUUA